AUGAAGGCCGAUAACGGAAAGUUUUUUUCUGUACAACGGUUUACUGAAGAAACGUGGAAAACUGCGUCACUUGCCGAUGAAAUCAGACUUUCAGAACUUCCCGAAUGGGUAGUGUUAUUAUUUACGAGGAGCAACGGAGGAAAUAUGUUAAAAAAAGAAGUCCUUCGAGAGUUACAAGUAGCUGAUUCAAUAGUUAAAAAUUACACCAUCCAAGUGUUUAAUCGAACAAUUGGAUAUGGUAAUAUCUGCGUUAAAGUGCGUAACAGAUGUUACGAAAACGCAUUUGUCGAAAUUAUCUCCGAUGCGGAAAACGUGCUAAAUGGAAAGAGAAAGUUCAAAUAUCCGGUGGACAUCGACACCUUGACCUAUUCUUAUCGCUCGUACGUCAUGAAUUUGGGAGGUGUUAAAACCGACGAAAAUGAUUACGUCAAAAGCGUGGAAGCCGUCCGAUUCGUUUACGUAAUUAACAAAACUGACGAAGAAAGCAAUGGACUUAGAGACAAAUGGGUAACUGAAGUUUAUCGACGAAUACAAAAUUAUAAGUUCCGAAACAUCAAACUUUUAAUAAAUGCGUUCUGGUCCAUAGAAGAAGAUACUAAAGAAUUCUUUUACAAUUUAAAACAUCUGAUUGGAGCCAUGGUAUCGUUUAUUUGUGUUUUCUCAAUGGCGACACUCAUGAGUCAGAAUUUGAUAAGAAGCAAACCUUGGAUGGGAUUAGCUUGUGUUUUGUCUGCAGGAAUGGCAGUCGUCACUUCAUUCGGAUUAAUGGGAUAUUGCGGAGUAGAGAACACUUACUGUAAUAUAUUGGUUCCUUUUAUUGUAUUAGUUACCGAAGUAGAUGACAGUUUCGUGCUGAUAGCGCGAUGGAAAAUAACCGAUCCCGAAAAAGGUGUAAAAGAACGAAUGUCAGACACUUUCGCUGAAGCCGGGGUGUCAAUCACCUUAACGUCAAUCACUAAUUUGUUUUCUUAUUGCAUCGGAAUGACUGCACCAAUUAUCGCGGUGAAAAUCUUUUGCAUUUACAGUGCGACGUGCAUAUUCUUCACAUAUGUUUUUCAAAUAACGUUCUUUGCUGGAUGCAUGGCGUUAAGCGGGUAUAGAGAAGAGAAAGGUCUUCAUCCAAUUACACUCAAAUCAUAUGCACAUAAAGAUUGUCAAGAAAUCCAAGAAAAUGAAGACUUCUUCAUGAGAAUAAUUAGAGAUAGAUUGGGAGACUUCCUUUUCCAUACAUCAACGAAGACGAUUGUAUUGACUCUGUAUUUAAUCAACUUAGGAUUUGGAAGUUACGGAGUGUAUUUUCUAAAGCAAGGAUUGGAUUUUCAAAACAUGUAUCCAGCAGGUUCAGAAAUAUACGAAAGUUCACGAAUAUAUUACAAAUACUUCACUGAAUACUCAUUUCCUGUUCAGAUAAUCAUUAACAAAACUCUCGAUUAUUCGGAUGAACACGUUCAGAAAUCGGUGAAAGAUCUUCUUAAAAGAUUUGAGUCUCAUCCUCACAUAGCCGAGUCUCGUUUUACGGUUUCCUGGCUGAAAUAUUACGAAGAAUUUCAGAGAAAUCCAGUUGCACAAUAUGCCUUAAGAGGAUACAACAUGUCGGACAAAAAUGAUUUCAUGGAAGGACUUCGAGUUUUCUUGCGAUUUAAAGCAGCCGAGCAAUUUUCAAACGAUUUGGUGUUCAGCCCGGAUGGAUCCGAAAUUACGUGCAGUCGAUUUUUUGUUAUCACGAAGAAAAUUUCCAACAGAGAUAUUGAAAUCGAAACAACGAAAGAAUUUAUGAAUAUUGCGGAUGAAGCACCUUUUCCGGUCCUAAUUCACAGCAUAUUGUCAAGUAUGAUAGAACAGGGAGUAAUCAUCGAAGGUAUAGCUAAGCAACUGUUUUGGAUCACUGGGUUAUUGAUCGCGAUUGUAUUUUUCAGUGUAAUACCAAAUAUCUUUUGUUCUCUUGUGGUGGCAAUUUCUGUUGUUUCUACCACAAUAGAAACUAUAGGUUACAUGAGUAUGUGGGGCAUUAACUUAGAUAUAUUAUCUUUGUCGAGUUUGAUUCUUUGCAUCGGAUUUUGUGUUAAUUAUCCGGCUCAUAUUGCAUAUGCCUUUGUGACGUCAACUUGCAAAACACCGAAAGAAAAGAUGAGGGAUUCGUUGUAUCGCGUAGGGUUUCCCAUAAUUCAAGGAACUUUAUCCACUAUUUUAGGAAUACUUUUCAUAUAUAAAGAAUCGUACGUAUUACUGACAUUUUUGAAAGUUGUGUUUAUAAUCACAAUAGAAACUGCCUUUCACGCUUUAUUUUUUACCCCAGUCGUUCUUUCUUUGUUAUUUUCUUGUUCUUGCUUGAGAGAAAAGAUUAAGAUUAGAGAAGCAAGACAGGAAUUAGUUCACUUAAAAAUUGGUCGGCAAUAA